AAAAAGCUCGUUCACGGGCACGGAUCAGUUGUUGUUUUUUCACGGCUUAAACGUUUUGUCAAUUAUGAUAGUACAUUGAUGAAUGAGACGCCGUUGACAGCCAUCAAUGAAAAUUCACCAAAGCUGCCAGCUAGCUACUAGCUACACCGAGCUACAUCCGCCUCCGCCUCCUCCUCCUCCGCCUCAGAAGGCACCUGAGCGGAGAGCCGUGACUGAAACCCGUCGCCUCAAUGCAUCUCCCGUGGCCGCGAUGGCAGCGACAGAAACGGUCUGAGGUCUUCGCUAUGUAGCUAGAUGGUUGACACUAUCCGUAGUUAAUGUCAGUGUGAUUCUUGCGCCGUAGCUGUUUCCUCCAGUCGCUAGCCCCCCCCACCCCCUCCUCUCCCGCCCCUGUACCCGGGACAGACGGCGGCAGCUAGCCCCCUCUCUCGCCACUACAGGAGGAUGCUGAAGCUGUUCGGUGCGCUGGUUAUCCUCGGACUGGCUCUGGCGUGCAUCACCUCCUGGGUGUUGGACAGCUAUGACACGGCUUGGCACCCGAAGCGGAGCGUUCAGCACCCGACUGUCGGCGAUGGACAUGAAGGGAGGUCUCCACCAUUCCCCGGCGGCGAGUUGGGCAAUAUAUUCUGGUUCAUACAGGUUUCUGACAUUCACAUUAGUCGAUUUCAUGACCCGAGACGCAUUCCAGAUUUUGAAAAGUUCUGCACUGACACGAUCAAGGUGAUCAAGCCGGAUCUGGUGCUCGCAACAGGGGAUCUGACAGAUGCUAAAACAGAGAGCAAGGUGGGCUCCCUCCAGCAUGAGGUCGAGUGGCAGGCCUACCACAACAUCCUGAAGAGGUCGCGUGUGAUGGAGCGCACCAGGUGGAUAGACAUCCGUGGAAAUCAUGAUGCCUUCAAUAUUAUUUCUCUGGACAGCGUCAACAAUUACUACCGGAAAUACUCUGCUAAUCAGAAAGUAGGCUCCUUUCACUAUGUUCACAAAAAACCCUUUGGCAACUACUCCUUUGUCUGUGCGGAUGCCACUUUGGAUCCAGGACCCAAGAGGCCUUACAACUUCUUUGGUAUUCUCAACCAGACUCAAAUGGACUUGCUGGACACGUUCAGAGUCGAGAGUCUGAAAAGCAACCAGUCGAUCUGGUUCGGCCACUACACCACUUCCACUGUUGUCUCUCCGGCUCCCGGGCUUCGGGACGUGAUGAGAUCUGCAGUCGCAUAUCUGUGUGGUCACCUGCACACGUUGGGCGGCCUGAUGCCCGUCCUCCACAGUCGGCAUCCUCAAGGCACCCUGGAGCUGGAGCUGGGUGACUGGAUGGACAACCGCAGGUACAGGGUUCUGGCCUUGGACCAUGACCUGCUGAGUUUUUCUGACCUGAGGUUCGAGCAGUGGCCCGCGGUGCUCAUCACCAACCCCAAGGACGCACAGUACCUGCAUCCCGGAGUGGAACCGCUGGGUCGAAUAAAGAGAUCGACACACAUCAGGAUCUUGGCCUUCUCGGAGGCUCCGAUCACAUCGGUGCAUGUGAGCGUAGAUGGGGAACCUCUGGGGAACGGCCACUCUGCCGGAGGUCCUCUCUACGUUCUGCUGUGGGAUCCGUCUCUCUACCUCACUGGACUGCACACCAUCAGAGUGAACGUGAAGGACUCGGCAGGCCGGGCGUCGGUGCGGGAGCAGCACUUUACUCUGCAGGACGACCUGACUCCGAGCUUUGGUUUUGGGCAGUCCUUCGUCCUCCUCACAGACCAUUACAUCCUGGCCCGGGCUGCCUUCGUGUUAACGAUCCUGCUGAACGUCGGGGUGCUGAUGGCCUUCAGGUUCCUGCGGGUUCCCUCUGGCAGAGGAUUGACAUCUCAAGCAUGUAUGUCGCUACAUCUGGUCAGCACAAUGGACUCCUUCUACUACUCUCUGCUGCUGUUCAAUCUGUGCACAGCCUUAGGUCCGUGGUUCGUAGGAGAGCUGAUAGACGGCCAUAGUGGGGCCUGCUUUGCCUUUGGGGUGUUCGUUGAUGGACACUUCCUGGAGGGCAGCCUCACUUAUGUUAUUGGAGUUGUUCAGCUGCUGUUCUUCAACAUGCCCCUGACCUGUUAUCUCUGCUGGAGCCUCCACCACCGUUGUCGCGGCAACACCUUCCGAUCCCACUUCCUGCGGCCGGGCUGCCGCUUGCAGACUCUGGCGAUUCACCUCAUCAUGCUGCUGCUGCUCACUUGGCAGGUGCACUCCUGCUACUUUCUCCUGCAGACCUACGGCCUGAUAGCCUUUUUCCUGUCUCCAGUCCGCACGUGGGCAUUGGGGCUCAGUCUGCUGUUGAUCUACCGCGCCUGGGCAGGCCCCGCCCCUCCCUUACGCAACAGCUGCAAGAGUGUCACUCCCUCUUGACAGUGACUUCACUGUGCCGCCACGACUCCUCUCGAGCCUGACUCACAGAUAUAUUUUGCUGUCUCUUAUCCAACCUGAAAGCCUGAAUGGUCCCAAGACAGCAGGCCCCUCCCCGUCCUUCUACCCCUCCUCUUUCAAACAGCCACUUCACAGUACAUCACUCACUAUCCUGUGUAUAGAUAGUAUUGUUUGCUUAAUAUGCAUGUUAUUGUAAAACGAAACGUAAUGUAAAAAGAAACAACACCUAGGUGACGUUGGGAGUAAAAUAGCCUAUUUGAGCUUAGGGAACAAGUCACGGCUACGGCCAAUGGUAUAUCCUGCUGUGGUUUGAGCUCAUUCAUUUAGUCGAGCUUUAGCCCUUUUUGGAAGUGCUGCCUUGGCCAGCUGUCACUUCACCACUGCCAAAGGAUGAAUAAGAAAAACACUCUUUACACUCAACUUUAUUCUUCCCCCCUGAAGAUUAUUUUCAUUCGCUAAUGAAGGCGGGACGUGCCAAAUCAAACCUCUUGUUUAACUUUGGAAACACAAACCGUGGAUGAGGGAAAGAAAAGCCUUUUUGUACCUUGUGAGCUUUGCUAACUCGACACGGCUGACCGAACGUGGUAGUUAAAGUAAAUGCAACUUAAACAGUUAUGUUAUCAUGUUUAUUCUAAAUAUGAUUUAAAGGAAAUCAAAUAAAGAUAAAAACAAAUAGAUCAAACACUAAAGUCGAAUCUGCGUACAAGCAGUUAAUGACCAAGAGUGUUUUUAAAUGACAAGAAUUCCACUGCACACAACUGCCACAUAGCAAAGUAUAUGUGCAUAGACAACAAGCUGGCCGGACUUCAAGCGUGAAUACAGAAAGCAGCUGUUUGUUUCUCAGGAAUGUGAACACUUGAACAAGAGGCAGGUCACAGUAUUGUUUCAGGACAAUGUUUUUAUACUCCAGCAACUCUUUAAACUAAAAAGCCACGAUAACACAAUCCCGAUGUGUGGUGGCAAAAAAACAACAACAAAAUGAAUGUGCUAUGUGUUGAAAUGAGAUGAACCAUUACGCAGCUUUUAUUUAUUUAUUCUUUCUGAUCGUAUUGAGUGCCAGUGUAUGUCUGCACUGGUAAAGGGCAUCCCUUUUGUUGGAAUUAAUUUGACAACACUGUCUGUCUAUAUUUCUCAUUUCCUUUUUCUGUGGAGGUCUGAGAGAAGUAAACUGUGUCUGUUGCGCUCACAUUCAAUGCGUCAGAGGCAGCGGGAUUCCAAAAAGUCUUUUAAUGGAAAACAAUGUUCCAACAGAGUUGGAUACUGAGUGUUGUUUUUUUGAAACCGUACUCUGCAUGAGCGCAGAAUAAUUGUAAAAAAGAAUUAUGCUUAAAAUUAGAACAGCCCAGAGAUAAUGUGAAAAUGUAAUCAUGUGUACUUUUGACAGUUUGAUAACUUUUGCCCCUUCUCUGCAUAGUAGUACUAGUGUUUUGUAAUUCCCGCAUUCUGACAGAUCCUACAAAUGAAGGAACUGCUGUUUCUGCGGAGUUGUUCUCCAAUGAUUCUCAUCAGGUUUGUCAGUCUGUCCACAAGGAGGCGGUAUUGUGUUCUAUUUCACCUUCCUUUUCAUAUAUUUUUGGCAGAAAGUCAACAAAACCGUAUCUGGAUGACACAGCUCUGAAAGUGUAUGCAUUGUCACUCAUUAUGUUUAACUGACUGUGGAUGCGAUGGUUCUGUGCCGCUCACGAGAAGAAGAGCGACGCCGCCACCUUUAUGAAGCCCCACUGUUCACUCACUGACUUAUUCUGCAUCCCCUCCUAUCUUCAAACACAGACGUAUAUGAAUGAAAAGUGGAUGAUUUUGACACUUGUUUUUCUGGUGACAACUGAAAUUAGAGCCAACCACAUUGUUUUUUUUAUUGGUUUAUAGUGCUGUGGAAUAAAAUGCUCAUUACAGUAAUUCAUA